CGAAGAAAAAUUCCAAGGGCGGAAGAGUAAACGCGGAGAUAUUUAGAAGAAACUAAUUUAAAAGGCAAGAUGGAAUUCGGAAGGUGGGACAGAAGACAAGAGAAACGGCUGUCAAUAAAAAAAAGCUUUUUUGUUUUUUAAUUUUUAAUCUUCUAUUGGGGUGUUAGUUUUGCAACUGCCAUCCAUUAACAGAGAGGCACCGCUUUUUUUUUUUUUUCACCCUUUUAUUAUUAAUUAAUUAAUUUUUUUAUUAAACGAACUUUUCAAGCUCGAAAUUUCCGUUAAUUGUUCUUAAGAGAGUCUCUCCCCUUUGGGCCUUUUGAGUUUUCCAUUUUAAAGAGAGAAUUUGUAGGUAACUGUUGGAAGAGGAAAGAGGUAGCCGGAGAUCGAGAGAAUAUUUCUGGAAGCUGAUCUCUCUAGGUUUUUCAGCACUAAGCUAAAAGAUUUUUUUUUCUCUUUGUUGGGUAUUCUUAUUUUUCUAGAAAAAAUGUGGUGGAUGAUGAAUGAAGCAGGAGGGCAUUAUUGUUCUAAAAAAUCUGAUGACAUCUGUGGAGAUGUUUGUGGCCAGGAAUCAAGCCGGCUGAGCAUGUCAAGAAUCCGCUGUAUACUGCGUGGCAUUGAUUUGCGAACAUAUAUUUUUCUAUUUGUACUGGUUCCAACAUGCAUAUUCGGUAUAUAUGUUCAUGGGCAGAAGAUUUCAUACUUCCUGCGACCACUAUGGGAAUCGCCACCCAAACCUUUCCAUGAUAUCCCACAUUAUUAUCAUGAGAAUGUGUCAAUGGAGAAGCUCUGCAAACUUCAUGGUUGGGGAAUUCGUGAAUUUCCAAGAAGGGUAUAUGAUGCUGUUUUGUUUAGUAACGAAGUGGAUAUUCUUACCAUACGGUGGCAAGAGUUGUACCCUUACAUUACACAAUUUGUUCUUCUUGAGUCUAAUUCAACAUUUACGGGAAUUCCAAAGCCUAUGGUUUUUGCUCACCAUCGAGAUCAAUUCAAAUUUGUUGAGCCCCGAUUGACUUAUGGGACAAUUGGAGGAAGGUUUAAGAAAGGAGAAAAUCCAUUUGUUGAGGAGGCUCUUCAGCGAGUAGCAUUAGACCAGCUUCUCAAAAUAGCAGGAAUUACUGAUGAUGAUUUGUUGAUAAUGUCAGAUGUUGACGAGAUACCAAGCAGACAUACUAUCAACCUCCUGAGGUGGUGUGAUGACAUACCUCAAGUUCUUCAUCUUCGGCUGAAGAAUUAUCUUUAUUCUUUUGAGUUUCUCGUGGAUAAUAACAGCUGGAGGGCAUCAGUCCAUAGGUAUCAGACUGGUAAAACAAGGUAUGCACAUUAUCGCCAGACUGAUGAGAUUUUGGCCGAUGCAGGGUGGCACUGCAGUUUUUGCUUCCGCCGCAUCAGCGAGUUCAUAUUUAAGAUGAAAGCUUACAGCCAUAAUGAUAGAGUGAGGUUCUCUCAUUAUUUGAACCCAGAAAGAGUUCAGAGAGUAAUUUGCAAGGGUGCUGAUUUAUUUGACAUGCUUCCUGAGGAGUACACAUUCAAGGAAAUAAUCAGGAAAAUGGGACCUAUUCCUCAUUCCUUCUCAGCUGUUCAUCUUCCUUCUUAUCUUCUAGAGAAUGCAGAUAAAUAUAAAUUUCUUUUACCUGGAAAUUGUUUGAGAGAAAGCGGGUGACUUCGAAUAACUUAAGAUGUUUGUAUCUGUCAGAGGUGCUACUGGUGUGACUCCCCACGAAGGGUUCAACUGAACAAUUAAUGACUGCGGUGCCUCACUGAGCAGCCUCAUCUUUUAUCCAGCUAAAAAUUUUUCUAGUUCCUUGAGAAAAUGAUUGGAGAGUUGGAUAAAUGCUUGGAAAUUCUAGGUUUGUAUAUAACUUUUUCUUAACUUGAGUUUUACUUGGUGGAGGAUAUUUCAUUACUGAGCGAGGAACUUCCUGUAUGAGAAAAAGCUGUUGACGGGUGCAUGUGUAGUACUUGGAUUAUCUAAUACAUUAGUAUGAAGUUCCUGUUAUUUCCCUAUGUUGGGAAGUUUUGUUUUAAGACAAUUUAUUUAUACAUGUUCUAUUGAAUUUCUUACUUUGUUCCCCAUGAUUGGUUUUUAGAAUUUUUUGUUAAUGAAUGAUUGCUUCGUUAGGUUUUCACCAAGUAUGUUUCGUAGAGCAUGCAUGAUUAAAUUCGGAAGCUUAUUUCAUUAGGUUUUCAUCAAGAGGACAAUGGUCAGCAUCCCCGAGAUCUCAAAAUUCAUAAACUUGCUGAAUGAUGGAAUAAGAUGUAACAAUAAUAGAUAAAGAACGCCUUCCAUCAACCAUAAGUGCAAAUAGCACUCAGCUACUUUGUUAGCAAAAUCAAUUUUAAAAAAGAGUGGAUAGAAUC